AUGCACUCUACCCCUGGCAUUUUCGCGCGUGCUUGUCGGAGUCUUGGUUUCGACAUCGUUGCUUUUCUACGUGCACUCUCGCUGCCUUACUUGCAACAGCUCGAGCCCAAAAAGGUGGUCAUCGAAGACUCUGCUCUAGCCGCUUUCGGCCGCUGUCUUGUACAUCUUCCACCACUCGCCGUCACACUUAUACUUCUUCGACUUAAUUUAGGCGGUUUCUACAUCGGUGAACAUCUUCAACCUUCCAAUACCGAUCAGGGGGAUGCCCUAGCUCUUGGGUUCAUUCAAGUCGCCGCCAAAAUUCAAGAACUUCUCGUAAUUGCAGGCGUUGGAGCAACAUUCUUUCAUGUCAUCGGAAGUUAUUUGCUGCGAGACGGUAUUCCUUUAGGAAUAGCCGUUGCUGGCUUCUCGUUCGCUCGUCCCAGUUACCUAUGGUCGUCAGCUCUAUGGGGCGGCGUCUCGGGGACCUGGUACUGUAAGCGGAAAGGCGCACAGCUUUUUGCGCAGAUCACAAUGGGUUGCACCCUUGCCCUUGCCGUAGGUCCGGCAAGCGCGAUCUUAAUGCUACCUCGAAUCGCUACCUGGCAUUCUUUCAGCACUGCUUAUUACGUGAAGGGGACCGCCUCUGACUACUGGCCAGAUCAACUGACUGCAAACAAUGUUGGGGGUCCUCUUUGCCUUGGAACGAAUAGCUCAAACUUCAAACAAUGUAUAUCGCGAGGAUCUCGUAAUCUUGAGAGUUAUUAUAGUUACGCGUUGUACAAAGACAAUUACCGAAUCGGGACGCAAGAGACUGGAAUUUCGCGAUUCUUGGACGUUUGGCCAGGAGAGAGCACCGUAAGUGCAGAGACCUGGGCGUUCGCUCCACACGCAGCCACCUCUCAGGUCGCGUACUAUUUCUGGUACGACCCGCAAUGGAAUCCCGGGCACUUGUAUCCUCUACCUUACCAAUCUAGAGGGCAGCGUUCGGGAAGUAUCACCUCACAAGCGUCAGCUGUCCGGACCGUCUGUGCCCCUGAUAUCCAAACAUUCUCAAGCAAUACCACGACGGUUUCUCUACCAUUGCUCGAAGAAUACAAAGCUUGGGCUCAAAGCAACAGCUCCGGACGGCAGUUCGUUACCAUACAGCUUCCAAAGCCAAUAUGGGGCACGUCUCACAACGCCCUGACAAACAACACCUCAUUCACAACCGUUUGGGUUGCUAUCGCCAAUGCCACGUCGAUAACAGCAGGACUAGUAUUGUUGGGACCCGUUCGAUCGAAUACAGGAACUGUUCGUGACGGCUUUGUGUGUUCAAUAGAUGCUCGAUGGAACAAAGUUGUGCAUACAAUGAUGGAAUCAUCGAGGACUAACACUACCUUGAAAGCCUGGGGUAACCCUGUCAGCGUAGCUAUCAGUGACGAGGUCUCACGCAACAAUCUCAGAACAACCGCCUUACCAGUCAAUAACGGAGAUUGGAGACAUGUGGCCGCCGACAGAGCUUGGCUCGAGGCUCUGAGCCCGGUGACACAGAACAACCAGGGACCCAACUCCACAAUGAGUGCAUCGAGCUUGACGACAGGUCUUGAAAACGUCUUUGUAGCAGCCAACCUUAGCAUCCCGCCUGUCAACGGCGGAGCCGCAGUUUAUGAGCCCAUUAUCUCCACUUAUUUUGCGGACGGCAUGUCGCGCGUGGGCCUCGAGAGAGUAUUCACGCAUGACGGCCAGAUUGUCUACACAAAUGAUCGUUCAAAAUGCGAAAAUGUCACCUCAAACUACCUAUUCUGUCCGAAGCCAACUGGGACGGGCUCCCACACGGCAAUGGCAUUCCAGGGUUAUCUGACAGGCUACGCUUUCAAUGCGUCAAGAGCAACAGACUACUUAGCCAUCGCCGUUCUCCUCGUCUAUGUGGUCGUCGCCCUGGCCCACAUUUCACAUCUUCUUCUUUUCCGGCGAGGAUCCGGCUGUUGGGACACGCUAGAAGAACUCCUCGUGCUAGCUCAGACAUCUAAGGUGAGCACUAAGGAUCUAAGCAACACCUGUGCUGGUAUCAAGCGUUUUCGGACCAUGAGCCUCAAUACGCGCAUCAGGACGGUCGGAUCUGGUGUCGAACUUGUGGGCGUGGAAGACCAUGAGGAGUUGCAGUUGCUUAUCGGUGCUGCCAAGGGAGAGGCUCAGAUGAAUAUGGUAGAGCCCAAAGCAGAGUAUGGCAAGACUUGA